GCCAACAUGACUGUCCAGAAUUGGUGGGCAUGGAUGGAAUUGCCAUAUUUAAGAUGGUCGAAGAACACGCCCAGAACGCUUUGCUGUGUGAGAUAAAAAGGUUUAAAGAGAUGCUCUUUCCACAUCUUACACAAUCUUUUGGAAGCGACAAGCCAAAUCAAGACUGUUCGAACACUGAAGAUACAAAUGAAGACACCAGUGCCAGUGAGGGGGCUCUGAAGAUAACACUACACGCCUUGAAGAAAAUAGGCCACAAAGCGCUGGCCGACCAACUCGAGAAAAACGUCUAUGGGGAGCUCGAUGUAUGUCAGCGCAAACUCAGACGCAAACUGAAAAAGUUUGAAUAUAUUUAUGAGGGAGUGGCCCAGCACGGGAACCAGACACUUCUCAACAAGGUGUACACUGAGCUCUACAUCACAGAGGGAGUCUGUGAGAGUGUUAAUAAUGAACAUGAGGUCAGGCAGAUUGAGGCUGCGACCAGGAGACGGGUAACAGAAGAUAGACCGAUCAAAUGUGAAGACAUCUUUAAGCCCCUGCUUGGACAAGACACAUUCAUCAGAAUUGUGAUGACUAAAGGCAUCGCUGGCAUUGGAAAAACAAUCUCAGUACAGAAGUUUAACCUUGAGUGGGCCGAGGGAAGAGUCAACCAGGAUAUCCAACUCCUGCUGAAUCUUCCAUUCCGGGAGCUCAAUCUGAUGACGGAGAGACACUACACACUGACGCAACUUCUUCAUCAUUUUCUGGAUGAGGCAAGAGAAUCAGGAAUAUCAAAUUUUGGCAAAUAUAAACUUGUACUGAUAUUUGAUGGGUUGGAUGAGUGUCGGCUUCCUCUGGACUUCGACCACAACGAGCCCUGCAGCAGUGUCUCAGAGCCAACUUCAGUGGAUGUCCUACUGACAAAUCUCAUCAAGGGGAACCUGCUGCCUUCUGCACACAUCUGGAUCACCUCCAGGCCUGCUGCUGCAAAUCGCAUUCCAGCUGAUCUUGUGAACCGUGUGACGGAGAUACGUGGCUUCAACAACCUCCAGAAGGAAGAGUACUUCAGGAAGAAAAUCUCUAAUCAAGACAUGGCCAGUAGAGUCAUCUCACACGUGAAGUCAAUCAGGAGCCUCCAUAUCAUGUGCCACAUACCAGUCUUCAGUUGGAUAUCUGCCACCGUCCUGCAGAAUAUUUUAGGUGAAACAGAAAGCCUGAAAGUGGAGGAGGAUGGGAAAAAAAGGGACAUGCCUGAGACCCUGACACAAAUGUACACACAUUUCCUGGUGUACAACUCAAUGAUCCGAUCCAGGAAGUAUUCAUCUGAGUCCCAUGGCAAAAUGGACGAUGAGAUGAUCUUGAAGCUUGGAAAACUGGCCUUUGAGCACCUGAUGAAAGGCAACAUGAUCUUCUACGAGAAUGAACUGAAUGAGUACAACAUCAAUGCGAAUGAUGCUGCAAUACAUUCAGGAGUGUUCACACAGAUCUCCGAGAAGGAUCUUGGACUUCAUCCGGCGAGAGUGUAUUGCUUUGUGCAUCUCAGCAUACAGGAGUUUUUUGCUGCAAUGUAUGUUUUCUACACAUUCGUCUGCUUCGACCAGAACUUGCUGGAGCCUCAAGAAACAACCACAGUCCCAGAGUCUCCCAACGACGUGACCAACCUUCUCCAGAGUGCAGUGGACAGAGCCUUGCAGAGCGACAAUGGACAUCUGGAUCUGUUUCUUCGCUUCCUUCUUGGCCUAUCACAGCCAACCAAUCAGACUUUGUUGAAGAGCAUCCUGACCACAAUGGUGAGCAACUCGCCAAGCAAUGAUGUUAUUGUUGACUACAUCAAGGUGAAGAUUUGGCAAAAUCCAUCCCCAGAAAGAUGCAUCAAUCUCUUCCACUGCCUCAGUGAGUUGAAUGAUCAGUCUCUAUUGGAGGAAAUCCAGCACUUCCUGAACUCUGGUAGUUUGUCAGAGACAACUCUGUCACCUUCCCAAUGGUCUGCUCUGGUCUUCAUGUUGCUGACUUCAAAGGAAGAGUUGGAUAAGUUUGACCUGAGGGAAUAUUCACGAUCAGAGGAAGGUCUUCUGUGGCUUUUACCAGUGAUCAAAGAAUCCAGAGUAGCCUUGCUUAAAGAAUGCAACCUCACAGACAAAUGCUGCAAAGCCCUCGGAGAGUUGCUAAGCGAUUCAUGUCUGAAAGAGCUGGAUCUGAGUGAUAACGAUCUUCAAGAUUCAGGAUUAGAAAUGUUGUCUGCUGGGCUGGCAAGUCCAACAUGUCAUCUGGAAAAACUGAGGCUGCCUUUUUGUGGAAUAACAGAGGUUGGUUGUGGCUUUUUGGCUAGAGCUCUGAGGUCCAACCCAAACCAUCUGAAGGAACUGGAUCUGAGUUACAACUACCCAGCGCAGCUAGGGAUGGAGCUCUUGUCCUCUGUGCAGCAAGACAUAAAACACCUCACCAUCAGCUUGACCGGCAAUGCAGAGUGCUACUUGAAAUCAUCCCUGAAGAAAUAUUCAUCCCAGCUUACAAUGGAUGUCAAUACUGCCCACUCUCACCUGUCUUUUUCUGAAGACAAGCUAAGAAUGACUCGAAUGGCAACAGCACAGCCGUAUCCUGACAGUCCAGAGCGAUUUACAGACUGGGGACAAGUUAUUUGUAAAGAGGGCUUGUCUGCCCGUUGCUACUGGGAAGUGGAGUGGACUGGUGAACGCACAGGUAUCGGAGUGGCUUAUAAAGGAAUCAGCAGGAAAGCAAAAGGUAACGAGUCAGUCCUUGGCUACAACAAGCAGUCCUGGAGUCUGCGCUACUGUCAUGGUAAAUACACUGCCUGGUACAAUAGGGAUGAUGCGCCCAUAUCUGUCCCCUACUUCAACUCCAAAAGAGUUGGAGUGUUCUUGGACUGGUCAGCUGGAAGUCUGUCCUUCUACGCUGUAUCAUCAAACACCAUGACUCACCUGCAUACGUUCCACGUUCAAUUCUCUGAGCCAUUGUAUCCUGGCUUCAGGUUAGGACUUGCAGAUACUUCUUUAAAUCUGUGCCAGCAAUAAUACCUUUAAAUUCUGUUAAAGAUGCACAUAGCAUAAGUCAAGGAUUAGAAGUAUGCUAACCCUAGAAGGAUUUCAGAUUUGUUGUUUGAACAUGCAUUUUCCAUCUUCAUGCAAGAUCAACUCCUAGUAACUAAGUAUUACUACGAAGCAACUCACACUGGGUGAUUUUAUCAAUAGUUUGUUGAAAACAUCUGACAAAAGAAGUCACGUUUAAAGAAAGAAUUUGCAAAAAUGUUAAACAUGAAUAUAGCAGAAAUCAAGUCUAUCCUCUGUAAAUGUCUCGCUGAGUCAUGACUGUCUACAAUGAGUGAGAAGAAAGAGUCCCGCUUGCUGUGUUGUUGUCGAGCCCUGUUUACAUCAUGUUGACUUGGACGGGACGGCCAGCUCCUCCCCUUGAGUAUAAAAGUUGUUUUAGUCAAGGAAUAGAGAAAAGAAGAAGAACAUACUCACUGCUUAUUUGAAUGUCACUUUUGCAUUUUUAGAUUACGGUCAUUCCGUGUAAAUUUACAUGCAAUGGGAAACUAAAAGCUAACUAAAGUGAGCUAACAUUAGCCUGCUAACACAACGAUGCAGGCCACAGGCUGUUGCAGCUCAAGCAAAGGACAAUUGCGCUGGGCUCAUUCAUGAGAAUGUGAGGGGAGGGGGGUUGGAGGUGUGUCGCUGAGGGAAAGCGGAGGCUUCAGUAUGCGAAGGUGCGGCAGCUAGCAAUCACCAAGCUAGCUGUUUGCACUUAGCUAACAUCUUUGCGCUGGAAACUCCUCUGGAAUAUCUAUACGGCUGUGUUCGAUAAGUCACUUCAUUCAAGUAAAAAACACAUUUCAGACAUAUAUACACUCAUAUAUGAGUAUCAUUGAGUUAUACUGUAUUUACUGUAAUCUUAAAGAGCCCAUAUUAUGCCCUUUUUGGGGUUCGUAUAUUUAAUCUAUGUACCUACUAAAGUAUGU